AACUUAUCAUGUAUACAAAGAUCUAUCGUGAUCAAGAAAAGGCAACCCAGUUUUAGCACUCCCUAGUUAAUGCUUACUGCUCAUUGCUGAAGCACUCCAUAAGAGUAGCCAAGCUGGGAAAUUGACUAUGGCAUGUGCCCAUCACAUCACCUAGCACUAAGUUGGAACCUUCAACCUAAAUUAGCCUGAAGAACCACGGCAGCAGCCUUAAUUAGAAAAACCAUCAGUAUUGGUGUGCGGUAAUUGAGUGCCAAAGGUCUCUUCUCUCCUCUUUGCUUAAGAAAAUAUCCACUUGGCAUAAAAGACAACAGCCAAAACCAUAUCGUGUUUGCAUUUAUUAAUAUAAACUCUAAAGCAAAUGACGUUCAGCUAAAAGGUGAUCGAAUUUUUUUAGGCCAUCUCCUGUAUAUCUCCUUUAAUUUAAGGACAACUGGCAAGUGUUUUUCACUAUUGGAAUUUACAUACCGAAACUCGGUUAUUAACUUAGGGGCUUUCCAUGUAUAAAUAUGUGCUUUACAAUGGUGUUUAGUCCAUAUCAGUGUAGACAAGUAGGGAAACAAAAAUAGUGAGAGGCACACCAGUUGACCAGACAGCCUGAUAAGCUCUACUUUAUUUUCAACAUGGCAAAUAAAGCUUCUAGCAGAUUGGAAUGGAGGAUAAAUGUGCCUGGUGGGACAUCGAAGGUGUUAGAGCCUGAAUCUGGGGCAGUAGGCAAAAUAUGGGUAGGAUUAAAAGGUUGUAUGGGAAUAAUAGUUUGGAAAGUUUGGAGGGUUUUGGAGAAUGCAUGGCAUAUAGGAGUUGCAGACCCUAGAAAGGUAAUCCAUUGUAUCAAAGUGGGACUGGCUCUGUCUAUUGUAUCACUUUUUUACUACAUGAGGCCUUUAUAUGAUGAUUUUGGAGGGAAUGCUAUGUGGGCAGUAAUGACGGUGGUGGUUGUUUUCGAAUACACUGUGGGCGCCACAUUUUAUAAAUGCAUUAACCGAGUUAUAGCAACUUUUCUAGCGGGUGCACUUGGUGUUGGUAUUCACCUGGUGGCUGAACAGUCAGGAGAUCAAUUGAAGCCCAUAAUUCUUGGGAUCUCGGUUUUUCUCUUCGCUUCAGCAGCAACUUUCUCAAGGUUUAUCCCAUCGGUUAAAGCCCGUUUUGACUAUGGUGCUAUGAUCUUCAUCCUCACCUUCAGCUUGGUCUCAGUUUCUGGCUACAGAGUGGUGGAGUUGUUUGAGUUGGCUCAUAUGAGGUUAUCCACAAUUGCCAUUGGAACUUCCUUGUGCAUCCUUGUAACCAUGUUGUUCUGUCCCGUCUGGGCCGGCUGUGAGCUUCACCAUCUAAUUCAUCAAAACAUGGAAAAGCUUGCUGAUUCCUUUGAUGGAUGUGUGACUGAAUACUUCAAAGAGAAUGGAAGUGAGGAGGAUUUAAAAAAGAAGAUGCAAGGCUAUAAAUGUGUGCUUAAUUCCAAGGCAGCCGAAGAAUCUAUGGCCAAUUUCGCUAGAUGGGAACCGACACAUGGUCGGUUCAACUUUAGACAUCCUUGGAAACAAUACCUCAAAAUCGGGGCUUCAUUGCGCAACUGUGCCUACUGCAUUGAGACUCUAAAUAGUUGCAUCAGCUCAGAAAUUCAGGCACCUCCAUGUUUAAGGAAACAUUUCAGUAAUAAGUGCAUGAAAGCAAGCUCCUACUCGAUCAAUGUCUUGAAGGAACUGGCAAUAACAAUCAUGAAGAUGAAAAAGUCGUCCAACAUAGAUAUCAAAGUUGCAGAGAUGAACUUUGCAGUAGAAGAACUUGUGGAUGCAUUGAAAUCUUUGCCGACGACCCACUUUAUUGCAACAACAGGAGGAGAGGAAUCAACCAAAGCCAAAGCGGAGGGGGUUGAAGGCAGUGAACAUCCUAGUCCAAUCAUCAAGGUCCUUCCACUAGUGAAGGUGGUUUCAUUGAUGGUGGAAAUUGCAACAAGAAUAGGGGGAGUUGUUAAUGCAGUAAAAGAGCUGGCGAGACUUGCAGAAUUCAAGGCUGCAAAGGAUGGGAAACCCAAGCAAAACCAACCUACGGACAAACUCGUUUCGGAUCAUUGAAAUAGUUAAACCAUCUAAACGACCAAACCUUGAAGUUUGAGUUGGAUUGUAAUUUGAAAAAACUCUCGUGUCAAAUAAAUUAGUAAAAUUUAUUAGAAAGUAAGAAUCAUUAAUCAAAUAAUAAUAGUGCAGCUAAAGUAUGACACUGAAAAAUAAAGUGUAAAUAGUGAUUUUUUGGUCGGGAUUAAAUUGAA